AGCUUAGCCAGGCCCGAUGUCGGGGCGAUACCAACGCUACGGAGCUGGCUCUACUCGGGAUGAGGAUAAAACUGAUCAAAAUGAGAACUAUGAAGCCAGGGUCCGAACUGCCAGGUUCAAUGAUAACCUGGACUUGAGGUUCGGGUACGGUCGACAUACCGAGCCUGCUGAAAAGGUGGGCUGGAUGGUCAACAUGCAACCAACCGAGAUCAUCGACGAGGAGAAGAGACUGGUAUCGGCCAUGGAUUACUAUUUCAUACAAGAGGAUGGUGGGAGGUUCAAAGUUUCCAUCCCGUACAAACCGUACUUCUUCGUACGGGCCACUGCCGGUGCUGAACAAGAUGUUUGCUCUUUCCUCAGUAAAAGAUUCAGUGGGACUGCAAUGGGGGUGGUGCAGGUAUCAAAGGAAGACUUAGACCUCAAGAACCAUUUGAUCGGACUUCAGCAAAUAUACAUCAAACUCUCUUUCUUGACGAACGGUGACUUACUGAAGGUAAGGAAAUACAUCACAUCAGUUGUGAACAAGAACAAGACGAAAGAUAAACAGGAAGAUGUGUAUCGAGAGAUGAUGGCACCUCAUCACGCCACCAAAACUAACUACGGUCCAAAAGUACAUACAGAUCACAGCACACACAUUAUAGACAUGAGAGAGUAUGAUGUACCCUAUAAUGUGCGGUCUAACAUUGAUAAGAGUCUCUUCGUAGCUCAUUGGUACUCAGUAGUUGGUCAAGGUCAGGACGAUCCUAUUCUCACAAAACGGCCAGACAUAAUCGACCCGCCUGACCCGGUGGUCUUUGCCUACGAUAUCGAGACCACCAAACUGCCGCUCAAAUUCCCUGAUUCUGCUAUUGACUCUAUCAUGAUGAUUAGUUACAUGGUGGACGGCCAGGGCUAUCUGAUCACUAACAGAGAGGUUGUGGGGGAAGAUAUAGAAGAUUUCGAGUACACUCCCAGACCGGAGUUUGAGGGACCCUUUAUAAUUCUAAAUGAGGAAAAUGAGAAGAACUUGAUACUGAAGUUCUUCGAGCACAUACAGGAGCUAGCGCCUAAUAUUAUCGUUACAUACAACGGGGAUUUCUUCGAUUUCCCUUAUGUCUCCGCACGAGCUGAAUUUCAUGGUUUGAACAUGUACGAAGAGAUAGGGUUCAAGGAGGAGUCAGGAUCAGGACAAUGGCUAUCACGGCACUGUUCACACUUGGACGCGUUCUACUGGGUUCAGCGUGACAGUUACCUCCCUAUAGGUUCCCAGAAUCUCAAAGCUGUUGCUAAAGCUAAGCUCAGAUAUGAUCCGGUUGAGGUUGACCCGGAGGAUAUGUGCCGAAUGGCUGCUGAACAGCCUCAGGACAUGAGCACAUACAGUGUGUCCGACGCAGUGGCUACCUACUACCUCUACAUGAAAUACGUGCACCCCUUCACCUUCGCUCUGUGCACCAUUAUACCCAUGCCACCUGACGAGGUUCUAAGGAAGGGAUCAGGGACUCUUUGUGAAGCCCUUCUCAUGGUCCAGGCUGAGAGGGAAAAUAUAAUAUUUCCUAACAAGCAGAGAGCAAUCCUGAACAAGCUGACUGACGACGGGCAUCUCCUGGAGACUGAGACUUAUGUUGGGGGUCAUGUUGAAGCGCUGGAGUCAGGAGUUUUCCGGGCGGAUAUUCCGAUAAAGUUCAGAGUUACUCCGUCGGCGUUUCAAACCCUUAUCGACGAAGUGGAGGAAACGAUGAAAUUUUCCAUAGAGACGGAGGAGAAAGUACCCAUGGAAUAUGUGACAAAUUUUGAUGAGGUAAUAGGGGAGAUAAAGAAGAUAUUAUCGGACUUGAGAGAUACUCCCAACAGACUGGAGAAGCCUAUGAUAUAUCAUUUAGACGUGGGGGCUAUGUACCCCAACAUCAUUCUCACCAACAGACUGCAGCCUUCCGCUCUGAUUGAUGAGGUCACGUGUGCUGCUUGUGAUUUCAAUAAACCCGGCGCAAGAUGUCAGCGUACGAUGGAGUGGGCGUGGCGCGGGGACUUCCAGCCAGCGUCCCGGGCAGAGUACCAGAGUAUCAAACAGCAGCUGGAGAGCGAAAAGAUCCCCUCCAAGGUCCCCGGGGAACCUGCUCGAUCCUUCCACGAGCUGAGUCCAAUGGAUAGGGCUGAGGUGGAGAAACAGCGACUUGCUCAGUACUGCAAGAGAGCUUACGGCAAGGUGAAAGUAACUAGAACAGAAAACCGUCACAGCACCAUCUGCCAGCGUGAACAUCCCUUCUAUAUCAACACUGUGAAGUCAUUCAGAGACCGGCGGUACGAGUACAAAGCUCUUAACAAACAGGCUGCCAAGAAGCACGGGGAGGCAGUGAAGAAGGGAGACCCAGCAGAGAUUAAGAGGAUGGCAGGGCAGGUGGUGCUGUACGAUUCUCUGCAGCUUGCUCACAAGUGCAUCCUCAACUCUUUCUACGGCUAUGUUAUGAGGAAGGGAGCUCGGUGGUAUAGUAUGGAGAUGGCUGGUAUCGUUUGUUACACAGGAGCAAACAUAAUCAAGAAAGCACGAGAGAUAGUAGAGCAGAUAGGAAGACCCCUGGAACUUGAUACUGAUGGUAUUUGGUGCUGUCUUCCUGGAUCAUUCCCCGAGAACUAUGAGUUCAAAACUAACCACCCAGAUCCCAGAAAACAGAAAGUAACGAUCUCAUACCCUGGUGCCAUGUUGAAUGUCAUGGUAUUCAGACACUUCACUAACGAUCAGUACCACGAUCUGGAGGAUCCUAAGACUCUUUCUUACUCCGUCAAAUCUGAAAACAGUAUCUUCUUUGAGGUGGACGGACCAUAUCUGGCAAUGAUACUUCCUGCAGCCAAGGAGGAGGGUAAGAAGCUGAAGAAGAGAUACGCUGUCUUUAACUUUGAUGGAAGCUUGGCUGAACUGAAAGGAUUUGAGUUAAAACGGCGAGGAGAGUUACAGCUGAUAAAGAACUUCCAAUCCUCUGUGUUCAGCGCGUUCCUGGAGGGCAACAAUAUAGAAGAAGUUUAUGCUGCCGUAGCUAAGGUGGCGGACUAUUGGUUGGACAUAUUGUUCUCCAAAGCAGAGAACAUGCCAGACGAUGAACUGUUUGACUUGAUCAGUUCUCAGAGGAGCAUGUCUAAAAAACUAGAAGAGUACGGAACACAGAAGAGUACAUCGAUUAGCACUGCGAAACGUAUCGCUGAGUUUCUCGGAGAUCAAAUGACCAAAGACAAAGGCCUAAAUUGCAAGUUUAUCAUAGCCCGGAAGCCGGAAGGAACUCCCGUUACGGAGCGAGCGAUCCCGGUAGCAAUAUUCCAAGCAGAACCAGCUGUAAGAAGAUAUUAUCUACGACGCUGGCUGAAGACCCCAGGAGCUACUGAUUUCGAUAUCAGGGAUAUUUUGGAUUGGGAUUAUUACAAGGAGCGGUUUGGCAGUGCUAUCAUGAAGAUUAUAACUAUUCCAGCUGCUCUUCAAGGAGUAAGGAACCCAGUACCGAGGGUCCAGCACCCAGAUUGGCUUUAUAAGAUGAUGGCGGAGAAGAACGACGUGUUCCAACAGAAAAAGAUCACAGAUAUGUUCGGCAAGGCUGUAAAGAAGCCGCUGGGGACGAACACCAACUCAAACAUCCCUGACAUAGAAACAAUGGGAACAGUUCCUCGAGCAGCAGCUAAACCUCCCACUGUUAGUAAGCAGACCAAGAGAGGGCGGCCCCAGGAACAGAUACCUAACCAUUGGAAAGAUGAUUUGGGAGAAGCACCUAUAUUCAAGGAAGGAGCAGCUCAGUUCAAGUCAUGGUUAUCAUUUCACAAGGAGAAGUGGAAGCUACAGAAGAAGAUACGACAACACAACGCCUCAAACAAGAUCUCAGCUCGAGGUACUUCCGAACCUUCCAGAACGUCAGCUCACCGUACCAUGGACACGUUUCUCCGUCAGGGGCAGAAGAACUUAUUGAAAAGCGUGUGGGAGGUGAUCCAGAUCCUGCCUCUAGAUACCCCUGGUCUUUUCAGACUCUGGGUAUCAAUCGAUGGGAAUAUACAGCAGCUAAAGGUAACAGUGCCGCGAAUAUUCUACGUAAACUGCCGGACCCCCAAAGACCAAGAGGUCGGGGAACUGUGGAGGAGAACAAGUAGAACCCUACCUCGGUCUGUUCCUGUUCUCAAUUUGUACGAGUACACUGUGCCUGAGGAUAUAUUUCAGCAGCACGCAGGUGAGAUAUCAACUGAGCUAGCUGGCCCGGAUGUGGAGGGAGUGUACGAGACUAAUGUCCCGGCUCUAUUCAGAGUUCUUGUGGAACUUGGCUGUGCUUGUUCUGUCACCUCCGAACAUGCACGCUUCAGGUCUCUAACAAACGACACCUCGGACACGUUUCAGUUAACCAACCUGCAGUUCAAAUCAGAAGCUGAAAUCUCGUACAUGAGCAACGUUCAGUACCUCUACAUCUACGAGAUAAGCAAUGCUGGCAGGAACCUUGUUGGCGUCUUCUCUAAAGCCGAACAUAAGACUACAGUAUUUGUUUCGGAUUCCGCUAAGACUAAUAGUGUCGGAAAUCUUGGGAAUCAUUAUAAGUCGAUAUACGGCGACCAGGCAGAAGGGAUAUCUGAUACGUAUCUCCCUCCAAAUGAUAUGGGAUUCGAGGUGAGAGUUGAGGCGAACAUGAAAGGUACAGCUCGGGCAAUACAGCGGUAUCUGGCGGACUACAAGGACAGACACAAAUCAGUUGUUGUGGUUCUCCAGUCAUUCGAUCAGGCGAGCAUGCAGGUUCCAGCGAUAAACACGUUUCCGGUUAUUAAAGUACCGUUUGAUUCGAGCGAUUCCAUUGCGAUGUUAGACUGGCAAAGACAUUCUGCAAGAAAAAUGCUUUCAAAUUAUUUCAGUUGUCUAAAGUGGUUAGAACACAACCUAACUUACGCGCGGUAUGUCCACGUGCCCAUUGGCAAUGUGCCAGAAGAUCUGUCUAUGUUGGCAGCUGAUAUAUUCUACGCGCGCCACCUCCUCAAGCAGAACCACGUGCUGUGGGCGAGUAACGCACCUGCGCCGGAUCUGGGCGGUAAGGAGGAGGACGACCACAGGCUGACCAGCUCUGAUCAAGAUCACGUGCUUUCCUUGAACUUCCCUGCAGCUUACAACACCGUUUGUGUAGAGAUCAAUCUAGAAGGGUUAGCAGUAAACACCAUUCUACACAGCCACCACGUCAAUGAUUUGGAGGGAGUCAGUACUGUUUCUCUAGAUACCGUCAAUAAACAGGUGGGUAUCACCGGCGGAGAGGGCAGCUCGACAAUCACCGCCUACGACGAGGCAGCACAAGUCAGCUCUGCUUUCAAAGUCCUCAAAUCUAUGGUUAUCAGCUGGCUUCACCAGGUAUCGAGUGGAAAUAACCAGUACGCUGAUACCCAACUGAUACAUUUCUACCGCUGGUUGACUAACUCCAGCUCCCUUCUUCACGACCCCGCCCUAGCUAGGGUGGUUAACAGCAGCAUCAAGAAACUCUUCCUGCAGUUAAUUAUGGAGGUCAAGAAACUGGGCUCCUCUAUCGUGUACUGUGACAUGAACAGGAUCAUUGUUGCCACCAAGAAACGGACAAUAGAAGAUGCCCACAACUACACUAACUACAUCAUCAACAGUAUCACUUCCCAGGAACUCUUUGGCUGCAUCGGACUCCAGAUCACAAAGAGUUGGGAGAAUCUGCUGUGGCUGGAUAGUGUGAACAACGGUGGAGCAUUACGGAAGUCCGGGGACUUAGCUCCCACUAUUCAGAUGAACUGGAACCUCAAGAAGUUCUUACCGGAGGAUGGUAGUUUACAGAAAUUCUUCCAGCUCAUUAUCGCUGGAUAUAUCCAAGCGGUGAACAAGACGAUAACCCAGUCUCUUGAGGAUCACGUGCCUGGAGAGACCCCCAUCAGACGAGCCUCACAGAAAACAGACUCCCUGGACAAGUCUGCCAUUCAGGAGUUCGUGGCAGACAAACUGGUCACCCAACUGUAUAGUAUUGUUCAGAGGGUUCACAAUAACAUGCCCAGUAACAUGCUGGGCGAGAGGGACGUCUUCCCCAAACUGCCUGGUUCACAUCUGGAGUUAAAAAAUCCCUCGUUGGAGUUCAUCAAAUGUGUCUGUAAAGUCCUCAGCCUUGACAGCACAAUCUCUGCUCAAGUGCACAAGCUGAAGAAGGAUCUUCUGCGUCUGGUAUCGGUGGGGGAAUUUUCAGAAGCCAGCAUAUUCAAGGACCCCUGUCUGUCAUUCGUGCUGCCUGAAGUUAUCUGUAAUAAGUGCAGUAACUGCAGAGAUCUGGACUUAUGCCGAGACCCCUAUUUAGAUCAAGGUCCACCCCCGCAGUGGCUCUGUGCUCACUGUCAACGACCCUACGAUAGGGACAUGAUCGAAGAGCGCCUGGUUGCGUAUCUGCAGCAAAAGUUAGUGUCGCACACCCUACAGGAUCUGUUGUGUAGCAAGUGUAACGACGUCAAGAACACCAACAUGUCGGAUUAUUGUAUGUGCGCGGGAAGUUUUGUAACACUUCUUCACAUGACGGAUAUGCAGCGGUUCCUCCUGGUGUUGGAUAAUAUCUCUCAGCAUUUUGAUCUAACGCUCCUUGCUGGUCUUGUUGAGUGGACCAAGGGUCAAAUACACGACCCUUAAAACUUUUAAAACGAAUAAUAGUGUUUUUAAACUAUUUGUGCUCUUCAAGAUAGUGCAAUACUGUGAUCAGAUUAAGCUGUUAGCUUUUGACUGAACUUUUUAUUAAGGUUCUUCGAUAUCGCUUUAUCUUUGCAUAUCGCUCAUAAAAAUUCAAACUUAAAUGAAUUCGCAAGGUGUUUAAUUACAAAAAAAUAUUUCAUUGUUGCUAAGUACGCAUCUUGUUAAAUUUACCACAUUUUUACUGAAAUUGGCUUUCCACACUCUGAUUUACAUUUUUAUUUCGUAUUUUCUCAAAUAAAACUAUGAAUUUAAAAAUCCAUAUCCAUUCUCAACCCAAUUACAGGGAAGUGGUUUUGCAAAGAUUUUAUUCGUAUUUUAUUUAAUUGAUAUUUCAGAUAUACUUGUGUUUUUAAAAGUAUUACGCGAGUUUAAAUGAUUUUGAAUAAGAAAUACAUUUAGAGAACAUUUUAUGACUCUGUAUAUGUUUUGUACUCAAAUACAAAAUAAUGAAUCUUGAACGGAUUCACUUUCAGGAUACAGAACUAG